AUGAGGGCCGACCGUGGUGGCCUCCCAAAGGGCGGAUGGCUCCCUCAGAGAUUCUGGCCCUGCUGGAAGGAUGUUCCCUUGGACCUGCGGGCCUUGGCGCUCUUCCGGCUGGCGCUAGGGGGUGCCUCCCUGGUGGAGGUGACAGAGUUGAUCUCACACCGGGCGGCUUUUCUGAACCCGAAUGGUGUCUGUCCGGUGGAGCACAUCGCCAACAAGGCCAUGUUUGACUUCUACCUGGCUGCCACUGGCUCCGAGGGCGUGCUGCUGAUGCUGCUGAUAAACAUGACGGCGUCGUUGUGCUUCAUGCUGGGGCUCUGGACACGAUUAUCUGGCCUACUUUGCUGGAUUUUCGCCAUGUCCCAGCAGCACCGCCUCAACAACUGUGUGAACUACUCCGGAGAUGCGCUCCGCACUUGCCUGCUCUUCUGGGCGCUUUUCCAGCCUUUGAAUGAGGUUUGGUCAUUGGAUGCGAUCGCCGAGUCUUCGAAGCGGCGUGUGGAUCCCGAGACGGCUCAGGACAAGGUUGAAAGCGUGCGGGCACCGGCGCCGAAUCUCCGCGAGCGGUGGAGGACGACGGCAAGCUCGAACAUGGGCGCCAUGCACUACGAGGAGGGCGAGCACCAUGAUGACAGAAAGGAUGCUCGGCCGAGUAUCAGCACAGCAGCCCCGAUGUGCUCUUUCCUGCUCCUCCUACAACUGGCAUCGAUGUACGAAUACACAGCCGCAACGAAAGUGGGAACCACCUGGCAACAGGGUACUGCCGUGCUUCAGACACUGCACUUGAGGCAGUUUGCCCGGGAGCCCGUGGCAGGCAUGCUGGCGCUGUUCCCAUCGCUCUGUCGGCUCCUGACGCACUCCACCUGGUAUGUGGAGAAGUUUGGCUGGAUGCUGGCCUUUAUGCCGUACCCACUUGCAAGAAUGGUGGCCUUCUGCCUGUUCUUCGGCCUCCAUUUCGGAAUGAAUUUGGCCUUGCGUGUGGGCAACUUCCAGCUUUUUGCGAUGAGCGGCUGGUUAGUGGUACUUCCGCGCGGCGUGCUUGACUGGCUGGAGGCCAGGCUCCUCCGCAGCUGGCCGGCCACACGGGCGCUGGGGCCACGGGAGAAGGCUUCGACGCGACUCCAGAGCUGGCUGGGGCUGGGCGUCCAGCUCAUCGGCUUCGCCCUUAUGCUGCUGACUUUGGCGGAAGGGUGCAGAUUCCGAGGGGAGAAGUGCUCCCUGCGGCGCCUCGCGCAUUGGACCCCGAAGGCGGACAUGUGGCUGGCCAAACUUGCCUUGAACCAGAGAUGGAACAUGUUCUCCCCGGAUGCACCCUUCAAGUCCCUGCGGGUGGAGCUUUUUGGCAUCCUGGACGCACCGCACUGCCGAGGUGACCUGGACAGCUUCUGGCAGCACUGCCCAGUUGUGGAGCUCUGGUCAGAGAAGGGCUAUCCAUCCUUCUCGUCCCACGUCUUCGCCGACCUCCCACACUGGGGCAACAUCUCCAUGCCGGCCCCCAAGAGAGUGGACUUUGCCACGAAUCGCUGGCGCAAGCUGGUGGAGGAUGUAGACCACAGCAUGGGUCUGGGAGGGUACUCCUGCUUGCAGUGGCGGGCCAACAACCCGAAGCGGAACCUGCUGGGAGUUUGGCUCGUCAGAGCUCGCUCCAAAGUGCCGGAAGAGGAGACGCUGGUCGGUGCCUUUCGGCACUGGUGCUCGCCUGCAGCAAAGCCAGUAAUCCAGAGCCUGCCGAAAUUGCCAUGGGUUAGCUGA